AUGUCUGGCAGAAACGUAGACCAGGGCGAGAUGCGCCGUCAAGCACUCGAGAAGCAGCGCAGAGAGAUGCUCGAAGAGUUUGAGCGUCAGAAGCAGGCUCUUGUCAAUGAAACCGAAAAGGCGCGACCUACGGCGUCUCGGUUUGUAGGACAAAACGACACAAUGGCAGACUCACUCGUCAAAUCUACCGUCGGUCUCGUUCAGCUAGACGAGUUCACACAGAAGAGAAAGGACUUGGAAGAGGCAAAGGCGCGCGAAGCGGCUCGCACAAAUGAGCUGAAAGAGGAAAAACGCGUCAAGAAGCGUAAGAAAGUCGUCAAAUCUAAGCUCUCGUUUGCCGGAGAUGAUGAAGAGAAUGAAGACGAUGAGGGCGAACAAGAUGCUGAAGAGCCUCCUUCCAAGAAAGCCAAAAAGGUUGCAAAGAAUCCGACCGUCGACACAUCCUUCCUCCCUGAUCGCGAAAGAGAGCAAAAGGAGCGAGAAAUGCGAGAGGCACUUCGACAAGAAUGGCUUAGGAAACAGGAGGAAAUCAAGGCCGAGGAGGUUGAAGUGGUCUACAGCUAUUGGGAUGGCAGUGGUCAUCGCAAAAGCGUCAAGGUUAAGAAGGGUGACAAGAUCUCGACGUUUCUGGAAAAGGCUCGCCAACAGUUCCCGGAACUCCGCGGCGUCAACGUCGAUAAUCUCAUGUAUAUCAAAGAGGAUCUGAUCAUUCCGCACCACUACACCUUUUACGACUUUAUCGUCAACAAGGCGCGCGGAAAGAGUGGCCCUUUGUUCAACUUUGAUGUACACGACGAUGUUCGACUUCUCGCCGAUGCCACGUUGGAGAAAGAUGAGUCUCAUGCUGGAAAGAUGCAAUACCUCCGAAACGGCGAUUCAGACCGCCUGCCUUACCUUCAGUGCGGCACUCGCGAGCAAAAGCGGCUCUACGACAUUCCUUCAGGUAUAAAAUGGUACGAAGAGACGACAAGUUCUGUCCAUCUCCACUCGAAUCACAGAAAUGGCUUACAAGAACAUUGUCGUCGUCGGGGCAAAGGGAAAGCUGGGCGCUCCUUGAUCCAGGCUCUCCUGUCCUCGAAGCUUGCCGACUUUACUGUCACUGCGCUUGUUCGCAAAUCCUCCGACUUGCAAGAGCCAGCUUUGAUGUACACGAAGAGCUUGUGGCUGCUCAAGGGCCAAGAUGCCGUCGUCCUAGUCUUCACGGCCAACCAAGAGCUUUAUCCUACUACAAAGGCAAUCCUCGAGGCUGCUAUUGAAGCUGGCGUGAAGCGUAUCAUUCCAAGCGAGUUUGGAUGUGACGAGCUCCCUAUGACUGAUGGGCUGUGGAUGCCGAAACGCAUGGUGAACCAGAUGAUCGACGAUGCCGCUAAGAAGAACCAGAUUACCUAUACGGCAAUCAGGAAUGGCCCUUGGUUUGAACUUGCUUUCGAACUCAUUCUUGGCUUCAAUCUCAAGGCCAAGACUGUACUGUUCUACGACAAUGGAGAUAGGAAAUUCCACACGACAACUGUCGCUUCGGUCUGCCAGGCCAUCAUCUCCCUUCUUGCUCAUCCCGACAAGUUCGUGAACCAAAUUGUCCAUAUUCACGACUUUUUCGUCACCCAACGAGAGCUCCUUGAUUUGGUGGAACAGGAGACUGGGUCCAAGUUUGAAACCAGUACUGUUGACGCAGAAGCAUUGGCCGCUCGCGCGGUGGAGGGACUCCAGCGUGGUGAAUUUACUCAAGACAAUGUUCUUGGUGCCAUUAGAACCAGCAUAUUCAGGGAGGAAGGAAAUGCGAGAUGGGAUGUGAACGACGAUAGUGCUGAGUUGGGACUAGGAGGGGUCAGUUUGGUGGAGGAGAUCAGAAAGCUAAUCUCUAAAGCCUAA